ACUCCUACAUGGACCCCACUUACUACUUUUACCUUACCUGGCGGCAACUUCGUCAUGGCCCCCACCUCUUUGACCCUAGGCCUAGCUAGAGAGUAGUAAUACUAGAGCACUGUAGAGACCGCGCGUGAUUCCCACUUUGUUCCUGGGGAACUGGGAUUUAAUAACACCCCCUUGCCUUGCAUUACCCUUCUCUUUAUUGCUUUUCGGCUCUACAGGAGACGGACUGCUCCAAUCUCUCUCCUCCUCUCUUGCUCUCUUUUAAUUCAAUUUGUUCUCCCCUCUCUAUUAAGUUUGUUGCUCCCAACACCCCCCUUCUCUAGUAAGUUUCACUCACAAUAAAAGAUAGAGAUUUUUGUGUUGCGAUAAGGGCCCAGAGAGGGAAGGGGUUUGCCUUUGAUUAAGCACAAGCACAGGUUUCUCCUCUUUAGCCCCUUCUAUUCUUCUCCCUUUGGCUUUCACUGGGUCCCUAUUCUCUGCAAAUCCAGCGAACCCCAACUAGGAUUAUUAUCAUUAAAGCUUAAGCUAGCAGCAAAAAAAAAAAAAAACCCAUCAAAAGCCUCCCCACCUUCGCUGAUAUUUUUUUCUCUCUCAAGGUGUUGGCUUUUCUGCUUAAAUAUGACUGAGAGCUUAGAUGACGGCGAGUUUUGGCUGCCUCCGCAGUUUCUUAUAGACGACGAUACAGUACUCAUGGAACAGAACAGUGAAAAUAGCUUGAACGGGAGUGCUAGGGAUGUGUUUGGCUACUCUAAAACUGACUCUGGGAAAUCUUUGUUCCCAUUAGAGUUUCCUUGUGGGUUUGGUUCCUUUGGUUUCUCUUCGGAUCUCAGUUCUCCUGUUGAGUCUGUGGUAGGCUCUACUGAGACAGAGAGUGAUGAGGAAGAUUACCUUGCUGGGUUAACUCGCCAAAUGGCGCACUCCACUCUUGAAGAUGGUUUCAAGAGGAACGACCUCACUUUUGGCACCGAAAAAUCAAAGGGAUGGGUUGUGUCUGGAUCGCCUCAAUCAACGCUGUGUGCAGUUGGGAGCGGGUGCGGUUGUGGACAAGGGUCAAGCCGUGGAAGCCCAAGUGGAUCUUCACCACCAGCAACCUGGGAUCUUCUGUAUGCGGCUGCAGGAGAAGUAGAGAGGAUGAGAAUGAACAACGAAGAAGGGUGUGGCUUUAACAAUCAAAGUAGAGGACUAUUAGGUCCACCAAGAAAACCCUCUCCAGUCUCGAUUCCGUUGAAAAAUCCCAACUCUGAUGUUAGUCUCUACCAACAGCAGCAGUCCCUAUCUUACCAGAAGUUGCAGGCUUCUCAAUUUCAGCAGCUGAAAGUACAACAGCAAAUGAUGCAGCAGCAACUGCAACAGCAACAGAGUGUUUGGGGAGGGAAAAACAAGGGGACAGGAGUAUUGUUUCCUCAACAGCCGCAACAAACUCACCCAGUGGUCCAAAACAGAGGGAGGAAUCUUACUAGUGUGAGUAGAGGACCAUUGGGUUUGUCAGCUUCUGCUUGGCCUCCUCUACGAAACAGCGCACAGCCACAGCCACAGCCACAGCAACAUAGCAACAGUCUGGGCGGUUCUGGGAUGCGGGCUGUUUUCCUUGGUAAUCCCGGAGGAAAAAAAGAAUGUGCCGGUACUGGGGUUUUCUUGCCUCGUCAAAUCGGUGCCCGAACUGAAUCUCGAAAGAAGCCAGGGUGUUCCACAGUUCUGCUCCCAGCGAAAGUGGUGCAGGCCCUCAACUUGAAUUUGGAAGGAAUGGGUGCUCAGGCCCAGUUCGGGCCUCGGUAUAAUGGAAGUUUCGCAACCUACAGUGAUGCUGCUGUAAGGGUUCGCAAUGAUAACAUUCUUUCUCAUCAGAAGCAGCCGCGCAACAGCAGGCCACAACCAGUAAUGAACAAUGAAGUCAGAUUGCCUCAGGAAUGGACUUAUUGACCCCCCGAAUUAUUCUGGGUUUUGUUUUUACUAGUAUUUUUUUUUUUGAGGAGUUUUAUGAAAGGUAAAGGAGAUUUGGAAGGUUAGAAGAAAAAAGAAAAGAAAAUGGAUGACGAUAAUUUUAGUAAGGUCACUGUAGGAAAAGGUUGCACAAACAAAAUAGCGAAAGGAGAAGGGAAAAAAAGAAAUUGAUGAAUGAAAGUAUGAAGAAAUGUUCUUUUGGGAUAGAAUUAGGAGAAAUAAAUUUCUGUUUUCAGGCAAGUCUGCAGCAGCCAGCCUUUUUGUUCGUUUUGUGUGGCUCAAGGGAAAGUGGUGGACUGUGGAUAUACUAUAUUUUGUUGUGUUUUGGAAAAGAAAUCAAUAAAUUCCAUGUUUUUGCAA